AAAUGGGAGGAUAACUCUUUCCAUGCAUUGCAUGUUGAACUCGACUUGGAAUUAAAUAACAUUUUCCUUUUGGCUUUAUGUUAUGAGUAGUUUCAAAGAUAAACGUUAAUGGCAUAACUAAUUAAGUUUUGAAGAGUUAUUUCUCAACACAAACAAGUGAAAUGGCAGGAAGUCGUUUGGAAAAAAUUGGAACCAUAUUCAACAGGGUAAAUGGUUUAUUAAGAUCUGGAGCUUUAGAUCCUGCAGAGAGACCAAUAUGGUUUGAUGUUUAUCAUAGAUUUCCACCUAAAGUUCAACCUGAAUAUGAGCGUCCCAUACCAAGUCAAGAGUUACGACAGAUAGUAUACCCUGAAGAUCUAAUAAGAUUAAAUUUUUAUAAAAUAUAUGGUGAUUCUGAUGUUAUUGAUUUAAAGAAUGAAUCAAAGAAAACCACCUGUCAGUUAUUUGUAGAUAAAUAUAUAGCUUUAUUAAAUACAGCAGAAGACAAGGAAGAUUUAUUCAUGAAAACAGCAGAAACUUUAAAAGGACAAGGUGUAAAGCUGAAGAAUGUUAAUGUAAAGGAGGUCCAAGAGGAGACAUUAGAAGACACAAAAGAAAAGAAUAAACCAAAUUUUUCUGUAAAAGAUAUAUUGGGUGAUAUUCCCAAGAAGAAAACGGAGGACCAAGCCAAGAAUAUAAUGUUUGAUAAUCUAGGUCUUGAGUAACGAAUCUGUGAACGAAAUGGAAAGUUAAUGAAUAACAGUCAUUUAAACUUUUAUUUUAUCACAGCAAAUUUGUGUUAGCUAGAUGUUAUGAGGUGCUAAGAAAAUCAGGAAAAAAAAUUAUAUCUAAAGGGGCUGGUAGUUUAUCAAUGUCUAAAAUUUGAGUCUGCAAUUUUGAGCUCCCAUAACAAAUUCACACACAAUGCUGAAAUGGAUUUCCUGAUCAAAGGUCUUGGAUGUUUUCAACCAAUUCAAAUCUUAGCAUUGGUAUCUUCCUACUAGUAGUAUGGACUAAUAGAACCUAUAUGGUAUGUGUAUGUUAAAUUAGAGUGUUUAAUUAAGUAAUAAAUCAUUUUAUAAUAAUAAU